CCACCAAGCUCCCUGCCCCUUCACAACCAUCUCAACCGAGUUCAUCUCAUCUCUACUCUGCUCCGCAUCAGCUCAAGAAGCUAGCUACAAGGUCAGACAGAUACUGCAAUGGCGUCGGCAGCGAAGGCGUCGUGGAUGGCGGCCAUGAGCGUGGGCGCGGUGGAGUCGCUCAAGGACCAGGUGGGCCUCUGCCGCUGGAACUACGCGCUACGCUCGGUGCACCGCGCCGCCAGGGCCAGCAUCGGCGGUGGCGCGGGGAGACUGACUCCGACGGCGGUGGAGAGGCGGAGGGCCAAGGAGGCCGAGGAGGGGCUCCGCACAGUGAUGUACCUCAGUUGCUGGGGCCCCAAUUGAGUCAGCUAAUCAUGCUAAUUAGUUGCUACUAGGAGAGCUUGUUUGUAUAAAUUGUAGGGAAUUAAGAGCCUUGGCUAAUCCUAGUGAUACCAGGAUCUUGGCUCUCUGUACAUGCUGUUGCUGAUGACGAUGAAAACUUUUUGCCUUUUUGUGACCUGAAAA